AUGCUUCGUCAAUUGACUAGGACGGCCAAACACUGUUUGGUAUAUUUUACCAUCGAUGACACUGUAUCGCUUUUGGCAACAAAGCGUAUUUCCAUGGUCGAAGGUGGAAGGCAAAUCGCAAAAGGAGAAAAGGUUAUGGUAACGCUGAACGGUCAAAGCCAUCAAGCUUAUGUCCUGGAACUUUCUGGUAAGUAUUAAAUUAUUGCAAUAAGUUUUGGCCUUUAAGUCUUAGUUCAAUUAACACUGCGUCGGGCUUCCACUUCGCGCUUUAUGUGUGACGAGAUUGUAUAUGCAUGUGAUGACUUUCGAAAUACUGCUCGUGGGAUAUUCACUCCAUGCCCGUGUUGUUUUAUACACUAUAAUCACUAUUACAUUGGAUCAAAAUUAUCGUUGUCUAAAUAUACAUAAAUAAGCUGAUAGAUAUAUAAUGGUAAUUGAACCUAGUGGAGUGCAAUUUGGACUGAAAGCAAACGCGAUCCUACUAUAAUUACUGCCCGGUGUCGCGGAUAUGUAACCCUCAGUCUAUAUUCGCGGAUUCGGACCCAAAGGUACAUAUCCGCUAGGAUCCCCUAAAAUUCACAGAAAGAAAAAUUUCGUUGUUAAUUCUAAGAUAAAUCUAAUUCUACGGAUUAUCUAUGAUGAAUUAUAGAUAAUAUAUAUAUUCUCGAGAUCAAAAUAACCAGCUUUGCCCAAAAAUGUAACGAUAUUAAAGUAAUCCCAAAAUGGGAUGAAACAUUUACGAAAGGUUUGCACAAUUAUUGGCUAAUAAAAAUAUAGUAACAAAUUUAUUGACGUUCAGUUAAAGUUUCAAGCGUUUUGGGUUCAAUUUAAAUUAUGAUAACUAAUGGCAUGACUCAACUAUCUUGUAAUUUGCUUAAUGGCGAAAACAAGUUAUUGAGAUGGUAAUUUUAUAAAAAAUUAGGGUUGAAUGGAAUGCAUCAUUUUGUUAUGGGUAUGUUAAGGCAAAAAUAAAUUGAAGUAUAUUUUCAUUUCCUAUUUUAUUUGAGCAGUUAAGCGUCAGAGCUGAUAGCAAUUCCAAGGAGUAAAUAUAAAUUUCCGGGGCAAAGUCGAACCUGUUUAAUUUCAUUCCAGAUGACUACUCUGAUCUGCUCACAAGAGAAAAAGACUAUAUUGAAAAACCAAAAGGCCAACUACGACAAGAGCUUAACCUUGCUCCAGUAACAAGUGACGAAGAAGAUGAGCAAGUGGAGGAAAAAGGCAAACAAGUGAAAGAGAAGGAGAAUGCAGUUGACGAAAAAGACCUAGAUCAGCCCCCUAAAAAGAAAAGAAAAAAGAAGAAAGAUGCAAACAAAGAGAAUCAUUCAAAAGUCAAGAAAAAGUUGGUGAGUUUAAUUUGUACCUUGCUUGUUGAAAGUUUGAGAAAGCUUUUCAACAAUUUCCAACAGGUUACAAGCAAAAAUUGCCCGCAUGUUCUCCAGCGAUUUCAAUAACACACAAUUCCUGUGAUGAUAUCAAAUGGGAAUAUUAUUUUUUUUCCGAGCUGGUAGGAUUUACCAAAAAAGUCCAUGAGUGUUAAGCCCCAGUCAAACGAUAAUGAAAGUUGAUGAGAGUUGCAUGGUAGUAAUGAAUUGUUACAGCGGACAUUUCAAGCUCUAAAUUGACAAAAUAAUGGUUUGAUGAGUGUUCCAACUAUAUGUUUUAACUUAAAUAGAAUACAUGAUAGGAUUAGGAAAGUAUCCAGGCUUUAGGCCAAAAAGAUGAUAUUGUGGUUUUUAAAUUAAGCUUGUUUUGCACUUAUUCAACGCAUGUAAAAAAAUAAGUACGCUAAGUGUACAUGUAUCUGCGCAAAGAAAUUGCAUCGUUCCUAUGAAAAAAAUUUCAUGCACAAUUAUUGAGUAAACAUUUAUAUAUUUUUGAAGUGACUAUACAGCCGGCAGCCGGCUAUUUAGUAAACUGCUAGCUAUACAGCCGGCUAUUUAGUAAAAUGCUGGCUGUAUAGUAGCCUCACAACCGCUCUUUGUGUCGAGGUUUCUCCACACAAGUGGCUGCUCACCCGAGCACAACAUUCCAUUCCCUAGUCUUAUAUUAGCCAAUCAGAUUUAGCGACAUAGAUGUCUAAAUAAAUUUAGCGACAUAAUGUAUGACCAAGGUCAUAACUGCUAACCGUAACCUUUUGAAAGUUAUUAAAGGUGGAAAAAAGGUUUAAAAAAUUAUAAAUUAUAAACCUUUACUGUAUUUAACGCAGCGCCUUUACUGUAUACACUAAUGGCAAGCUUGGUAAAAGUUAGCACAAACAAAAGUUUUAUAUUUAACUACAGCCUACUAUAUAGCCGACAAUUCAAUAUAUACCCGGCUGUAUUGUCACUUUGUUUAUAUUUCAUGAUAUGAUAAAAAAUGUUCAGAUUGCAAUCUCUUCUCAAUCUCUAUCACAAUCAACUGUCAGAAAGCCACCAUUUUUAUAAUAAAAACAGACAGAUUAAGAGUUACAAAAUGGGCAUUUAUUAAUGUAUCAUGUACUCAUGUAUGCUCCAUAUAAAAAUGAAAAAAUACAUACAGUCUGUAAAUACAUCUUAUUAACUUUAACUCAACUGAUGAAGCAAUCCUAUAAUUAUAAGAUGUCCUGUGACUAAUGCACCAUAUAACAAAAUUUUAACGUAACAAUAAUUCUAAAAUCUAAAUGAUGUGACUAUGAAUGCACCAUAACAAAAUAAUUAUGAAUAUAUGAAUAAACCAACCAAUAUUAAUUUAAUAAAAUAAAACCAUCGAUAUUAUUAAAAAAACAUGCACGGUCACUCACGAAAAAGAUUUACGAUGUUACUUUAGGCAAUCUUCUAGGAUCUAACAAUCGGACAAUUUAGCAGUCAGCCAAAGUCAAACCUCGAGCCAAACAAACAGUUUCUCUUCACCCUGUACAAAGCCGCCAUCUUUGUUUUACGGCCUGUUCGCAGGCGUAGUGGCGUACAAGCCCUAAUUAGUUGACCUGAGUGUUUAACACACGCACCAUAGUACGCACGCACAACUCGAUAGCAUAGUGUAUAGCGAUACGCGCAGAUACAACUAUGACCAGCCGACAAUUUAAAAAAGUAAAGCAAAAAAAAAAAAUCCGAAAAGACAAGACAUCUUGAGAAUGUAAUAUAUAGUUUCAACCUGCGUCUUGUUUUGAAUCAUAUAUUGUAUUUUUAAAAUGUGUUAAUAAUAAUAUUUUAUUUUUCCAAAUAUGUUUACAAUACAUUUCGUAAGUUAUAUAUAUUUAUGUACUAGUUUACAUUAUACAUAUUUGGACAGAGGACCAUAAUAAACCAAAAGGCUUUUGCGAGUAUAGUCUCCCGUGACAAAGUAUUUACUGUCGUUCCAAUUGAAGUGUUCCUCAAAUAUUGAUUCAAUACAUUACCUCAGGCUGACCAAUUCAUUUCAUCAAGUUCCUCGAGAUAUUCAUACACUUCCUGUGAAAGAGCCAAUUCCAAGAAUUUGAUCAUUUCUGGUCACUUCCUUUCUAUUUAUGAUUGGUUGGUUGCACAAACAACAAAGGUGAUUGGUGCAUUCAAACUAUUCAACAGGAAGUUUACAAUUAUACUAGGAAGUGUAUCAAUAUUUCGAGGAACUUGAUCAAAUGAAUUGGUCAGCCCGAGGUAAUGUAUUGAAUCAACAUUUGAGGAACACUUCAAUUGGAACGACAGUAAUACUAAAAUUAAUAAGUUCUCUAUCAGGUAAUUUUUCGUCAGUUGUCUUUUCGGAAUUUGUUUUUUGCUUUACUGCAUGUAAAAUAGGAUAAAACCACUGAAUUGUAUCAUUAAUAACAUGUUUAGAAAAUUUUACGUAUCGCAUAAACAUUCCCCUUAAGCUGUCUGUAUAUCAAUGUGUAUGUGAUUUUAACAUUUUGUUUUCAUAAUUAUAGGCCACAGUUAUUGGUGUGGGCAAAGCACCUCGACUUCACUUCCAUUCUCCCCAGUAUGUGGUAAUACCAUAGCACCAGUGAAUUUAGAGGAAUCGCCUGUGACUCCAGUGAACUAUCUUGGCGAUGCAAUGGACACCGUACCUGGUGGAACAGCGAACAGCUUAAUUGACCUGCCAUUGCCUACGACUCCUGCACAUGCCAACAACGCUCUUCUAGCUGACACAGUCGAUAUCGUUCCUGGUACGCACGAUUUGACCGAUGAAGACUUGCCGUUCCCUUCCACUCCAGUUGCUAAAGUCGCUAGAUACCCCGAGGGCACGCCUGUCUCAGCUACUAAUAACCUGCCAUUGCUUUCGACCCCACGUACGACGAACGACAGCCAUCAUGCACCUAUCAACUUAGACGACCCUAUGCUCUUAGCAGCAUCGUUAAGUGAUUCGCUUUUGUUCCCCGCUUCAGCUAGCUUUAACUUAGAUUCCUUGUUGUCGAAACAAAAUCUAGGCGAUCCGAGAAUAGACGAAAUAUUGUCUAACCAAAGAAAGAUCGUUUCCAGUCUCAACUCGUUGCAUGGAUUGGUUAAACAUAUAAUCCAACAGCAGCCACACACGGGAGGUUUCAGUGUCAGUGAAGACGUAAUUCAUGUUGUUGAUCUACCUGUUAUGCACAUUAACAACCCCAUAACUGAAACCGUCGCCUCAACCAUCGCCCCAACCAUCGUUCAACCGUCAACCAUUGCUCAACCGUCGCCUGCAGGAACAGUUACAGACCAACCUUUUAGCAACGAGGAACUGUCGUUAGUAAAACUCAAAAGUAGUGGCCCUACAGCUUUUGCUAGUACAUUGUUUCGGAAAUUAUUUAGUUACGAUGACAUGAAAGGAAGAAAUUGUCGAGGUCUUGCCAAAAAAGGAAAGUUGGAUGAAAAAAAAAUGGAAAUAAUCCAAGAACAACUGUACAAACACUAUCCAAACACUCCAGAAAAUUUGCAAAGUACUUGGGCCCGGUGCAUACAAACAAUAGACUCCUAUAUCAGGAAUAAGCAGCGCAAGUUAGAGCAAGGACAGAAAUAA